AUCGAGUGAAGGAUAGAAGAGAUCCAAUGAUCAACUUACCGGAUUGUAACCUCAAACAGAAAUUAGUGAUUUACCUUGUGAAUUGUAAUCAUCAUAAUUGAAAAUCAAGCGCGAAUGUUGCACUGAAACGGGCGAUUGAACAUCGAAAUUAAUUGGUGGUAGCACGCGACAGGCAAAAUUUGCAAAAUUCUGAAAAUACGAUUCAGCUAUGUUCGGACGUGUGAUACCAAAAAAUUUUCGUAAUAUAUCGCUUCUGUCACGAGUUUGGAGUGGACCGAACGGAGCACUAGCUGGCAAGCAAGCUGAGCAGAAGAUGGUCACUAUUCUCAGAGAUAAGUUUCCCAAAGCGAGCCUCAUUGAAGUUACAGAUGUAUCUGGAGGGUGUGGAGCAAUGUUUGAAGUAAAUGUGGUUGCCCCAGAAUUCAAAGGACUUAAUACGGUUAAGCAGCAUCGGAUUAUCAAUGAGUAUAAUCCUUGUGUUUCAUGUUUGUUUGUAGAUUCUGAAGGAGGAAAUUAAAAAUAUGCAUGGUAUUCGUAUACAUACAAGUGCUCAGGACACCUAGGUUUUUCAUGUCAAGUGCUUUAAAUUUGUGAAUUGAAAAACACAUCGACAUGUAUUUGGAUAUAGUGACCUGAAUUCGCAAUUUGCUGGAAUUGUGUAUAUUUGUACAUAUGUCACAAAGUUUAAUGCAUCCGAAUUAUUUGCGAGAAUGCAUUUGUUGCGAUUAAAUAAAAGGGUUAGCCUUCCUUGUUUGCAAAUUUUAGGGCAAAAAGCAUUUGACCUCAGUUUCGACUUGCAAGACCCUUUUCUCACUCAUUGGUUCGUCAGGAAAUCAAUAAAGACAUCUAGAAA